AUGGCCACAGGGCUCUGGCGAGCGAAGGGCCCUCCGCACUUUCACGUCAGUCACUUGGCCUACGUGAAGCUCAGGCAGCUCUGCUCCCAGCUCCAGGCACCUCCAGCAGUUACCGGCACCUCUUCCUUCGGCGACGCCCAAGGAUCCCUGGUGCUCCCUGAUGCAGAAGGGGAGGUGCGUGGGGAAGGCACAGCCACUUCCCCAGUCCUGGACCAGACACUGCUGGCCUCGCUGGCCCACGUCCUGUUGGUGGGAACUCAGCGGUUACCGCUGCCUGUCCAAGGAGAGGCGUCCACCACCCACAUAGAGGCAGUGCCGCAUCUCAGGGGAAGGACAGGGCAUCCACUCCCGGCCCGGCUGCAGCAACAAUGGGUUCCUUCUCCUGGUCCUGCGGGGGCUCCGAGGGCCCCUGGGCAGGGUGGGGAGGAUGCACCCGUCUUGGGGAGAUAUGAGCCCGGAGAUGUAUGCGGGUACCGACGACGUCCCUGUGGGGAGAUUCGUGUCAUCAACAUCCCUGCAGAGGAGAGAGCAGACGGCACCACUGCCCCUCCCGCCGCCCCUGUGGUGACCACCCUCUGGCGUCCAGGUCUCCUGGCACAGAGCCAGUCAGACUCGCAGCUGAGGACCCUGUCCGGCUGCCCAAGUGUCCUCGCUGCACAGAUAGCCCCGCCCAUGUCACUGCCCUGGGAACAGGCUCUGCAGAGACAGUCACUCCUUCCUGCUGUGGUGCCAGGAGCACACUUUCUUCUUCUCCAAGAUUCAAGGAGGAAUCUGUUAUCUCAGCGUCACAAAGCCGAGCACCUCCACAAGGAAGAAGAAGCGCCCUGUCUGCUGAGAGGAGUUCUGUUCGGCCUCUGAACCUCAGUUUCCCUGUUUGUGAAUCAGAAAACUAAUUCCCACCCUCCUGCAUCACAGGGCCUUUCUCGAGAGGAUCAGAUUUAAUCAGAGUCAACAAUCUAUGUACAACACUUACUGCUUCCCAAAUGACUGAUGCUGAGGGAAUAAACAAACUCAUAAAAUAA